CAUAUGGAGGCCUAUUCUUGGCAGGAAGAAACAUAUAUCCAGAUUGCAGAUAAGGCCCUGCUGAGGGUUCUUGAACACAGUUAUGAAGGUCUGGGGAUAACAGAAGGGCCUUUUAGAAGAACUGGCCCUGAGAUAAGGCCUGGGUAGGGGCUGAGGAUGGGAAGGAAGCCUCUGUCCAAGGCCCUAGGCUGAGGGCCUUCCCCAUCCACCAGCUGGGCUUCCCCGAAGCACCCAGAGGUGGGAUGAGGCUUGUGGUUCCCGUAAGUCCAAAGGUGUCUGGGCCAGUCAUUCAUUGGUCAACAAAGCAAUUUCUGGCUGCCCUGCCACCCCGGAUUAGCUCUCAGAGCCUUUGGGUAGGACCAGGGCAGCCUGAGAGAGGCUAGAUGAAAUGAACAACAGGUUGGGUGGCUUCACCAGGGUGGCCAGCCUUCCCAGAUCUAUCACUGAGGGCCAGUCAUCAGGUUUAGUAUUUACAGAGAUUCUUAUUUUGGUCCUCAAAAUCUACAUGGGAGUAGGAAGGACUUCUGCCACGAAUUACCAAGACAAGGUAAAGCCAAAGGCAUUAAGAGAAAUGCACAAGGUCCUCUUGCAAGACAUGGAGUCUAGAUUUGAACCCAGGAAUGAUCCACAAUAUAAGACCUAAAGAAUGAAGACUAAAUGAGAAACUAUACAGGUGAAAAAAAAUACUUAUGGAAUUCCCACCUCUCAGGGUGAGGUCCUCAGCUCAUAUGUGUUGAGUCCAGGUCUCGCAGCCUGCUGAGGUUAAGGAACCUACAGGUAGCAGUCUACUGCCCUGUCUUUGCGUGUGAGGCAGGCAUUAACCCUUCCUGUUCUGGAUACAGGAACAUGGCGCUGCUCCGGGGGCUCCUGGUACUCAGCUUGUCCUGUCUGCAAGGUCCCUGUUCCAUGUUCUCUCCCGUGAGCGCCAUGGAUCUCCCGGGCCAGCAGCCAGUGAGUGAGCAGGCCCAGCAGAAGCUGCCCCUACCUGCCCUCUUCAAGUUGGACAACCAGGAUCUUGGUGACCAUGCUACCCUCAAGAGGUCCCCAGGAGACUGCAAGAGCACCCCAACUGCAGAGGAGACUCGCAGGCUGGCUCAGGCCAUGAUGGCUUUUACUACUGACCUGUUCUCCUUGGUGGCCCAAACAUCCACCAGCUCCAACCUUGUCCUGUCACCCCUUAGUGUGGCCCUAGCACUCUCUCACCUGGCACUAGGUGCUCAGAACCAAACACUACAGAGCUUGCAACGAGUGUUGCACAUGAACACAGGAUCCUGCCUCCCGCAUCUAUUGAGCCAUUUCUACCAGAACCUCGGCCCUGGGACAAUCCGACUGGCUGCCAGGAUAUACCUGCAGAAAGGAUUUCCCAUCAAAGAUGAUUUCCUGGAGCAAUCGGAAAGGCUCUUUGGUGCAAAGCCUGUGAAACUGACUGGAAGGCAGGAGGAAGACCUGGCGAACAUCAACCAAUGGGUGCAGGAGGCCACAGAGGGGAAGAUUGAGAAUUUCCUCUCUGAGCUGCCAGAUAACACCGUGCUGCUUCUCCUCAAUGCCAUCCACUUCCACGGUUUCUGGAGGACCAAGUUUGACCCGAGCCUCACCCAGAAAGAUUCCUUCCACCUGGAUGAGCGGUUCACAGUGCCAGUGGACAUGAUGCACGCGCUGUCAUAUCCUCUGCGAUGGUUCCUGCUGGAGCAACCUGAGAUACAGGUGGCUCAUUUCCCCUUUAAGAACAACAUGAGCUUUGUGGUCAUGAUGCCCACUUAUUUCGAGUGGAACGUGUCUGAAGUACUAGCCAACCUGACCUGGGACACUCUGUACCAGCCCUCGCUGCGGGAGAAGCCCGUCAAGGUGCGGCUGCCGAAACUCCAUCUGCAACAGCAGCUGGACCUGGUGGCCACCCUCAGCCAGCUGGGCCUGCAGGAAUUGUUCCAGGGCCCGGACCUUCGUGGGAUCUCUGAUGAGCGCCUGGUGGUGUCGAGUGUGCAACAUCAGUCUACCAUGGAACUCAGUGAGGCUGGCGUGGAGGCGGCUGCAGCUACCAGCACAGCCAUGACUCGAAUGUCCCUCUCCUCCUUCACUGUGAACCGACCCUUCAUCUUCUUCAUCAUGGAGGACACCAUAGGCAUGCCCCUCUUCGUGGGCAGCGUGAGGAACCCUAACCCCAGUGCACAGCCCCAGCUCCAGGAACAGCAAGAUUCCCCUGACAACAGGCUCUUAGGCCGCAAUGAUAAAGCUGGCUUCCAUAGAGACAAGACCUUUGGUCCUGACUUGAAACUUGCACCCCUCCUGGAUGAAGAUGAAGAUGUUCCCCAGUUUAGCACCCCCAAGUGAGGAGGGGCCCUGGGAAGCAGCAUCCUGAGUCCCCACCUGGAUCAGCCUCUCAACUCCUGUGACUCUUUCCAGCCAGCUUUGAGGGAUAGAGUGGGACCUGGGGGACAGUCACCAGGGAUAGGAGCUGUUCUCUUGCAACAGCCCCUGGGGAUAGGAGGUGGGGUGGGGCCUGGAGGAAUUCAGGCACAGGGAAUUUUCAUUUCUUUCCAAGGGCUUCAGGGGGUGACCUUUUGUGGGCUGGCACUCAUGGACACAGUUUUGGCUAGAGGUAGGUUAGGCGAGUCCCUAAUUUAGAGUCCCUCCACAUUUGUAAGCAGAGGCUGGGGAGGCCAUCUGUAGACAUAUCCCCAGACACCCUGGGUGGGAAAAGGAGAGACAGGUGUUGGUCUCUUGUGCUUAAACUAGCCUUGGUGUUAUACUCCAUGGGUGGAGGUUGACCUACCCUGUCUCUGGUGUCCCUUGCUAAAGACAUUCAGGCCCCCAACCUGUGCCCUGCCACCCAAGUCACCCCUCUGGUUUUUGGAGAUGCCAACACUGCCAGGAGCCUUCCUCCUUCCUCUCUCUCUUGUCCUCCUCUGCCAGGAAUCUCAGAGGCUGAGGCAGGGAAGGGCCCCUUUAGUUCCCAAGACUCUUUUGUAAGGUUUUUGUAGUGAUUUUUAUGCCACCUGAAUAAAGAAUGAAUGGGC